UAUGUGGUCAGUUUGAUAUAUGGACAUGAUAAUGCUACAUUUAUAGGCUUCUGCUGAACAACAAUAAGGAUGAAAACAGCAACAGAGAGGAAGAUUACAAAGACUGAGUUUGAUGUUACAGAAAUAAAUGGAGUCAGUCCAGAAUAAAACACAGUUAAAAACAUGUUUCCACCUGUUUUGCCAGUUUCUUUAUCAGUGUGAAGCAGCAGCUGUUCAGUCAUUUAUUGAUCUUUGGGACAUAAAUAAAGCUGAGAGACAUCAGAGCGUUCAGACUGACCAACAUCAGGAUUUUCAUCAGAUCACUUCAGUUCGACUCUGACGAUGAAGCUGGUAUCAGUCGUCCUCCUCCUCCUGGCUCCAGUGUUGACCAGCUGCGCUCCUCUCAUCCUCCCUCUGGACUGCAGCGACAUCUAUAACCAUGAUAACAGCCGGCCCAGUGGAGUGUACACCAUCUAUCCCAUCGGAGCCACGUCUGCUGUCCAGGUGUACUGUGACAUGGCUUCAGGAGGAGGACGGUGGACAGUGUUCCAGAGGAGGAUGGAUGGAUCGGUGAACUUCUACAGGCCCUGGGACCAGUACAAGACGGGCUUUGGUACCGCUGCUGGAGAGUACUGGCUCGGUCUUGAGAAUCUCUUCCACCUGACUCUGAGGAAAAAGUACGAGCUGCUGGUCGACAUGGAGGACUUUGAUGGAAACAAAGCGUUCGCUCGUUACUCCUCGUUCUCCGUCAACCCAGAGGCUGAUGGCUACAGACUGAAUGUAUCUGGAUUCACUGAUGGAGGGGCAGGAGACUCCCUGAGUUAUCACAAUGAACAGAAGUUUUCCACCUUCGACAAAGACCAGGACUCUUCAAGCUCCAACUGUGCGAAAAGCUACCUGGGGGCGUUCUGGUACAACGACUGUCACCAUGCAAACCUCAAUGGUGUUUAUCGCUGGGGGUCUGAUGGCACUAUCUUUGCUGUUGGAGUGGAGUGGUACCACUGGAAGGGUUAUGACUACUCCCUGAAGGCCAUCAGCAUGAAGAUCCGUCCUGUGCAGUAAAUCUCCAGGACCAGCAGAAUAUCAGAUGUUGAUCUCUUUCUCUCUUUUCUCUCAUCUCUGGUGUAAUCUCACAUAAUCAGUAGAAUCAAACAGACACAUAGACUCUGAUCAGAUGCUAAUAGCUGCAUUAACUUCCAACAGUUUGUUAAAACAUGAAUCAAUAGUUGACAUAAACAUUUCCAGCUUAGAUAAAGUCAGAGUUUGACUGUGUGUGUGAGCAGCUGCUGUGUGUAAAGUCUUGUGUCAAACAGCUGUUGGUGUAGAAAGUGAUUGGACCAGUGGCUCUCCUAUACUACUCAGUUUCAACACAACCUUUGGUGGAGGUUUGAACCCUGAUGUGAAUCAUUAUCUGCUGGACAAUGACAAUAAAUCAGAAGCAAAGCAAAAA